AUGACAGCCGAGAAAGUCUUAGACGGCGUAGCCCUCCGAGAGCCAGCCACCACCAACCCUUCACAGGAUGCUAUCAGACGAUCCUCUGAGUUGGGGCCGCGAGGGAUGGACUCGGGCGACAACUUCGGAUACUCGAAGGAAGAGAUGACAGAGAAAAAGGCGAUACCAGAGUCGCAUCCUGUGGAUAGUACUAGUGAGCCAAGUGGACAAGAUGUCGAAGGAGGAGGGCGCAAGGCUGCCCUCAAAUCGCGACUUCGCCGCUAUUACAGCCUGUAUUUCAGGCACAUCUUAUAUGCAGUGAUCUGGCUUUUGUUCACCGGGUGGUGGAUUACUGGCCUUAUUCUCCACCGGAAGCUGGGCUGGGUGGUUCCGUUUCUGCUUUAUCUCGCCAUCACGCUUCGGCUCAUCUUCCUCUAUGUGCCAAUCUCGAUCCUCACGCGGCCAAUGCGUUAUGUAUGGAGCAACACCGCGAGCCGAUUUGUUGCUCUAAUACCUGAACAUCUGCGCGUCCCAGCUGGUGCUUUAUUGACCAUUGCUGUCAUCUUAGUCGGCACCUUUGCGUCGGCCGAGGCGCCAGGGAACAAGAGAGAGGAUCGCGCAGUUAGCUUAUUCGGUCUUGUGGUGUUCAUAUUUUGCCUCUGGCUUAGCUCCAAAAAUCGGAAGAAGAUCAUUUGGCACACCGUCAUUGUGGGUAUGCUGGUUCAAUUCAUCGUCGCGCUUUUCGUUCUCCGCACCCAAGUUGGUUUCGAUAUCUUCAACUUCAUCUCCGGUUUAGCUCGCGAUCUCCUGGGGUUUGCACAGAAAGGAGUGGACUUUCUGACCGAUGAGAACUUCUUGGAAGGCCACAACUAUUUCCUGGUAUCCGUUGUCCCGGCCAUUAUAUUCUUUGUUUCUCUUGUCCAGCUUCUUUACUACGCAGGCGUCCUACAGUGGGCCAUCCGCAAACUCGCAGUGUUCUUCUUCUGGGCCAUGCGCGUCUCCGGUGCUGAGGCUGUGGUAGCAGCAGCCUCUCCAUUCAUCGGCCAAGGAGAAUCUGCCAUGCUGAUCAAGCCCUUCAUUGCCCAUUGCACUAUGGCUGAGAUUCACCAAAUCAUGUGCUCCGGUUACGCCACUAUUGCAGGUUCCGUCCUAAUCGCCUAUAUCCAGCUAGGCGUCAGUGGACAGGCACUUGUCUCGUCCUGUGUGAUGAGUAUUCCAGCGUCCCUCGCAUGUUCGAAACUGCGGUGGCCCGAGGAGGAAGAAACCCUUACAGCUGGCCGCGUCAUCAUACCCGAGGAACAGGAGGAUAGACCUGCAAAUCUCCUCGAUGCAUUCUCCAAGGGUGCCUGGCUCGGUAUCAAGAUUGCUGGCAUGAUCACCGCCACCCUCCUCUGCAUCAUCUCCCUUAUCGGCCUCAUCGAUGGCCUUCUCACCUGGUGGGGUCGCUACCUAGGCAUCAACGACCCCCCGCUAACCCUCGACCUUAUCGUCGGGUACAUCUGCUACCCAAUUGCCUUCCUCCUCGGCGUUUCACGCGACGGCGACAUCCUCAAGGUCGCAAAGCUCAUUGGCCUCAAACUCGUCGCUAACGAAUUCGUUGCCUACAAAGCCCUGAAAGAGGAGACAGAAUACGAGGACCUCUCCCCCCGCUCCCAGAUCAUCGUUACCUACGCACUCGCCGGCUUCGCAAACAUCGGCUCCCUGGGUAACCAAAUCGGUGUACUUGCGCAGCUUGCACCCAGUCGAUCGGGCGAUGUGUCGCGCGUCGCCGUCUCCGCUAUGCUUACCGGUGCACUCAGCACAUUCACCUCUGCGGCAAUCGCGGGGCUUCUUAUCCAGAACGAUGAGCAGUAUCUUUCAUAG